AUGAGUAUGGAUAAUAAAGUAUUUGGUUUAAUUAAAAUGACAACAACAAUAAAAAUAAAACGCUCAGACGGGCGCAUUCAUUUAGCUAAAGUUGUUCAACUAAAUGUAGAGUCAAAAUCUGUUGGUGUUGAAUGGACAGAGAACAAUGAUGUUAAAGGCAAAGAAAUAUUGUUAGAUUUAGUUUAUGAACUAAAUCCCGAAUUACGUUCAGUCGACGAGAAAACACUAUCUCAAAUGUCAUCACAACAACAACAAUCAACAACAGUUCGUCCAACGGCUGCUGUUCAACUAUUAGUAGAUAAUAUUCAUGAUCGAAUGACAACAAAAUUAGUUAAUAAUAUCAAUAAGACAGCGAUUACUUCUGAUAACAAUGAUGUUCAAACUCGUUUAACACUGGAUAUUGACACAUUUGAACGUGAAUAUUCUAGACCACCCCCAACAUUACCCGUUCAACUAUUGCAACCCAAAAAUAGUGCUCAAAGCUCAGCAUCUGUACCAAUGGCAUCUUCAGUUUUAAAUAGACAACAAUCCACAAUAGCAGUUCGAUCAAUUCGUCGUCCACAAAUGAAACCAAUUUCUUCAGCCACAACAACCGCAUCAUCUUUUGCAUCGACACCCACGAAUCCGACUCCUCCAUCUCCAGUGCCAGAUCCUGUUGGACAACCAACAAAUAGAACAAAUAAUAAACAACCAAAUGAAAGACGUUUAAGUCGAUUACAUGUUGUACAACCCCCGGCAACAGUUAUUGAACAACAAACAAUCCAGAAUACAGUUGGUUACAAUGGACCAUUCGGACAAAUGAUACUCGAUUAUCGUUCAACUUUAUCCUAUACAGCGAUCACAAAUUUGGAGUAUAUUGAAAAAGAUCUACGCAUUUGUGUUUGUGUUCGAAAACGACCAAUUAAUAAAAAAGAAAUUGCUCGAAAAGAUAAUGAUGUUAUAACAAUACCAAAUAAAGAUCAUUGUCUUGUACAUGUACCAAAAACAAAAGUUGAUUUAACAAAAUUUUUAGACAAUCAAACAUUUAAAUUUGAUUUUGCCUUUGAUGAAAAAUCGACAAAUGAAUUGGUUUAUCGUUAUACAGCACAACCAUUAAUUGAAACUAUUUUCGAUGGUGGAAACGCGACUGUAUUUGCGUACGGACAAACUGGAAGUGGUAAAACAUUUACGAUGGGUUGUGAUCUGUCGUGUAAAACAGCCGAUUAUAGUCAUGGUAUAUAUGCGCAAACGACACGUGAUAUAUUUCAACGAUAUGAAAAACGUUUUAAACAACAGAUCGAUAUAUACUGUACAUUUUUUGAAAUUUAUUGUGGAAAAGUGUACGAUUUAUUAAACAAUAAAAAGCGUUUACGCGUUCUUGAAGAUCAAAAAGGUCUCGUGCAAAUAUGUGAUCGUAAAGAACAACAUGUUAAAACUGUUCAAGAUGUUUUGGCUAUUAUUCAACUUGGCAUGAAUAUACGUACAAGUGGACAAACAGCAGCAAAUUUUAAUUCAUCUCGUAGUCAUGCUGUAUUACAAAUCAUAUUGAAAGCAUCUCAACCAACAACAUCGAUGACAAAAAAUGGACAAUGUAAACGUUAUAUAAAAGAGAUUGGAAAAAUGUCAUUAAUUGAUUUAGCUGGUAGUGAACGAGGAAAAGAUACGGCAUCUGGUGAUAGAUUACAACGAAUGGAAGGAAGUGAAAUUAAUAAAUCAUUAUUAGCAUUAAAAGAAUGUAUUCGAGCAUUAGGAAGAGGAGAUGAAAAAAGUCAUCAUGUUCCGUUUCGUGGUUCAACUUUAACAAAAGUACUACGUGAUUCAUUUAUUGGUGAAAAAUCAAAAGUAUGCAUGAUUGCAAUGAUUAGUCCAUCAAAUAUGGAUGUUGAAAAUACAAUGAAUACAUUACGUUAUGCUGAUAGAGUAAAAGAAUUACGAACAGAUGAUGUUAAAACAAAAAAUGGUAACAUUGAUGAACAAAUUGGUGAAUUGAAUCCAGCAGAUGACAAAGAAAACGGUUUUGGUUAUGAUGAAGACAAUUGUGACAUGGAUACUGAGCUAGAUGAAGCAAUGCAAAGUUAUACAAACGCCAUUGAACAUGUACAACAAUAUGAAGAAGAAGUAUUUGAUUGUUGUCAAGAGGUAUUAAAAUGUGAUGAUUUAAAUAAAAAUGAUUUACGUAAUAUUUAUGAACAAACGUUGCAUGUUGAUUACGAUCAAGAAAAAUUUAUUCAACAACUCAAACAACAUGUCAUAAAACGUCAACAACAAUUAAAUGAAUUAAAAGUUAAAACGGAGCAAUUUGAACAAUAUCUAAAUCAAGAAGAAUGUUCUAGUCAACAAUUGAUUAACAAAAAAAAUAAACAAUCAAAGUAA